CGCCUUCUCCGCCCUGUGCGCACGCGCGGCGGAGAGGGCGGGACUGCGGGUGGGCUUUGGCGCGAAAUUCUAUCGCGGGGGUUGCAGGAGCUCGCGGCGCUACCGUUGGUGCUGCUGCGCGCGGGGAUCGCUGAGGCGUUGUGGAAUCAUGGACACCUGUCAGCAGAGCAAAAUCAUUUACUCCUGGUAUGGAAAGCCCAUGAGCUCAGACAGAAAGCUGAGGACUCUGCAGUACAAAGGAAUCCUUAUCAAAUCAGAGAGAAGCAAAACAGAAAGAUGUAUACAGCUUGGUGACUUUGUUCUAAUAGAAGGAGAAAACGCAGAUCAACCUUUUGUGGCACAACUCCUGGAUUUGUAUGAAGAUGGCGCUCAGCAGAAGCAUGCAGUUGUGCAGUGGUUCACUCAUAUUACAGAGAUACCUAAGAAUAAGCAGAAACUGCUUAAAAGAAGAAUUUCUUCCCAGGAAGUGUUUUUUGAUCUAGUUUCUGGCUAUGACACUGACAUAGCUGUGGAGACUAUCAUUGAAAGUGUGCUGGUAAUACCACUACGUCUAAAGGAUGAACUGCCUACUAGAUUAAAAAAGGAGAAAAUUUUCUGCGUAAAACAGUCUUGGGAUGGGAAAUGCUUUAAGGUUUUGUCCCCACACACGUUCUCUAUGCUGAAUGAAGCUAACAAGAAAGGGGAUGGCAUCCCAAACUCUUCCAGCUCUUUUGUUCCUUUGGAUAUCAUUUCCUCUGUGAAGAAAGAGACCAAGAAGGUUGCUUGGAGUGCCCCAAAAACAAAAAAUGCUGAGAUGGAAAUAGAAUCAAAACAUUCUGCUUCCAAGUCUUCCCUUUAUAAGAAGAGACAUUCACUAAGAAUGGAUAAUGGCACCAAAAAUCCAACUGCAAGAAAGAAGUUAGAUUUGAACAGUCCCACAAGAUCUUCGAAAGGCAAGCUCCUGGAACAGGAUGUUUUGGAACUUUCAGAUGAUGUCUACGAUUCUCAACUCUUAAAACCAACAGCUAUUAAAAGAAAAGUGAAAUUCACUGAAGUUCUAAGCUCACCACCAAAAAUAACUUGUGCCAAUGAUAAGCUGAAGUCAGUGUUUGGUACAGCAGAGCACCAGGAGAUGUUUAGUGAUACACUAAGAUUGUCCCCUUAUAGGAGGGUUGAAGACUCUAAUGAAAAAGUCAAGAAUCUUAAUAUGGAAGAUGAUGCUAUAGUCUUAACUGGACAUAAGGAGCUGGGUAGUCAGAGCCCUGCUGUGACCCCUCGUUCUCGCAGAACGUGUUCACAGGAGACAAGCACUCGCAUUGCAGAACAAAUCAGCUUAUUAAAUAUGCUAGAAUCAAAGGAGGAAGAGGAUUUCCUGUCUAGCUCAGAUGGUUCUUACUCCUCAAGUAGUGAGGAAGAAGAUAGUGAUGUGGGCUGUACCCCAGAGAAGAAAACUAAAUCAAGCAGAAUGUUCAGCACCCCAAAAUCUUCAAGGAAGCCUUCAGUUCACACUCCUGCCAAGACCCCAAGGAAAACACCCUUACUAGGAACACCCAGGACACCCCGCAAUGCAACUCCUGAAAUUCCCAGGCGCAGCCAUGCAGCACAGAAACCAACCAGUGUACUGGAAGAAGCCAGAUUAAGGCUGCAUGUUUCUGCUGUCCCAGAGUCUUUGCCCUGUCGUGAGGAAGAAUUCCAGGAUAUCUAUAACUUUGUGGAAAGCAAACUUAUUGAUGGUACAGGAGGGUGCAUGUAUAUUUCCGGAGUGCCUGGAACAGGUAAAACUGCAACUGUUCAUGAAGUGAUUCGCUGUCUUCAGCGAGCUACAGAAGAUGAUGACCUACCAUCAUUCCAGUUCAUAGAGAUAAAUGGCAUGAAGCUUACUGAUCCUCACCAAGCUUAUGUGCAGAUUCUAGAGUUACUAACAGGUCAGAAAGUGACAGCAACUCAUGCUGCAGUGCUGUUGGCAAAACUGUUCUGCACACCUGGACCAAAGAGGAAGACAACAGUGCUGGUAGUGGAUGAGCUUGAUCUUCUAUGGACCCGAAAGCAGAAUGUGAUGUACAACUUAUUUGACUGGCCAACUCAAAAACACUCCAAGUUAAUCAUCCUGGCCAUUGCUAACACCAUGGACUUGCCAGAGAGAAUAAUGAUGAACAGAGUAUCUAGCAGGCUGGGUCUCACCAGAAUGUCCUUUCAGCCCUACACCUACAAACAGCUACAGCAAAUUAUUUCAUCUAGACUAAACAGCGUGGAGGCAUUUGAAGAGGAUGCAAUUCAGCUAGUUUCCAGAAAGGUAGCAGCGCUGUCUGGUGAUGCAAGGCGUUGCCUUGAUAUCUGCAGGAGGGCCGCUGAGAUUUGUGAGUUUUCUAGCCAAAAGAGUACUCAGGAGAUAGUCAGGAUGACCCACAUAACACAAGCCAUAGAUGAAAUGUUCUCAUCACCAUAUAUAAAGGCAAUCAGGAAUGCCUCAUUGCAUGAACAAAUAUUUUUUAAAGCAAUUUUAGCAGAGUUUCGUAGGGCGGGAGUUGAGGAGGCAACAAUUCAACAGGUCUAUCAUCAACACAUAUCACUGUGCAGAAUGGAGGGCAUGCAGAGCCCAACAGUGUCAGACAUCUUGGCCAUUUGUGCCAGGCUUGGUGCCUGCAGGCUGCUGCUGCUGGAGUCCAGCAAUAAAUACCUUCACAUGCGUGUGCGCCUCAACAUCAGCCAGGAUGAUGUCAUGUAUGCACUCAAGGAUGACUAAGGCAAUAGAGAUUUUAUUUUUAUAUAUGUAUAAAUAUUUUAAAGAUGGUCUAUUUUAUUUUUUUUUUAAGUACUGAUAAAAUAGUAGAUUGUAUUUUUAAAUAUUUUUGCGUGGUCUAUCAAAGCACUUUGUACAAUAAAGAACUUGCUUUGGAGCAUUUUAAAUACUUGAAAUGAAACGAUCUGUUUCAAAAGCACUGUUGGUAAGCAGUCCCCUUCCAGCUGAGGUGUGUGAGCUGGAAUUGAUUACUGGCAUCAGUGCUGCUCAGCUUAUCCCUGUGGAGCUGCUUUUGUUGUGGCAUUGCAGUUUUCCUUUUUUUGUUGAGUAAAAAAGAUGUGUUUGAGGAAUGUGUAAA